AUGGGUAGCAGACGAUCAAAGAACAAGCAAAGAGAUCCACCAUCUCUAGAUGAAUUUAAGGCUAAAAAGGAUAAAUCAAAGAAAAAGCACUCUUCAUCUUCUACUACUGGAAAAAGUAAUGGAAAUAAAAGAUCUUCGGACGCAGAAAGUCACGUAAAACGUAAAAAAGUUAAAGAAUCCAAAACUGAAGAGGAGGAAGUGGAGGACAAUCUACCUGUAGUUGAUUAUGAAGAAUUAUCUAAAGCUAAGAAGUCUUUAUUUGAUGAAGACGAGGAUUUACAGGACGAAUUUGAUUUGGAACAGGAAUAUGAUGACGAUGAAGAUGAUAAUAAACGUGAACGUCCUAUGUGGAGCGACGAUGAAGAUGAUGAAGUUGAUAUUGAAGAGUUAAACGCCACAAAUAUUGAAGCUUUAUCGAAAAAGUUAGAUGAAGAGCAAGCUUUAGAAGAAGAAGAAGCUGAAAAGGAAUUAAUUGAAGCCGAUAAGUUACAACCAAGAGCCGUCGAUAUCUUACCAACCGCAGAACAAGAAGCUGUUGAAGAUCAAAGUCCUCCCGAUUUAACUUCUAUUAGAACAAGAAUGAUUGAAAUUGUUAAAGUCUUGGAAGAUUUCAAAAACAUGGGUGCUCCUGGUAGAUCUAGAUCCGAAUACGUGGAUAGAUUGUUGAAAGACAUCUCCAAGUAUUUUGGUUAUAGUCCAUUUUUAGCGGAAAAAUUGUUUAAUUUAUUUUCCCCAUCUGAAGCUAUGGAAUUUUUUGAAGCCAAUGAGAUUGCUAGACCAAUUACAAUUAGGACAAACACAUUAAAGACAAGAAGAAGAGAUUUGGCUCAAGCCUUAGUGAACAGGGGUGUCAAUUUACAACCUAUUGGUAAUUGGACUAAAGUUGGUCUACAAAUUUUUGACUCCCAAGUCCCAGUUGGUGCUACACCUGAAUAUUUGGCAGGUCACUAUAUUUUACAAGCAGCUUCUUCAUUUUUGCCUGUUAUAGCUCUAGAUCCCCAAGAAAACGAACGUAUUUUAGAUAUGGCAUCUGCUCCGGGGGGGAAAACUACAUAUAUUUCAGCUUUAAUGAAAAAUACUGGCUGCGUCUUUGCUAAUGAUUUUAAUAAGGCAAGAACCAAAUCUUUAAUCGCCAAUAUUCAUAGACUGGGCUGCACUAAUACAAUUGUUUGUAAUUAUGAUGCUCGCGAAUUUCCAAAAGUUAUUGGUGGAUUCGAUAGAGUACUAUUGGAUGCCCCAUGUUCUGGUACUGGUGUUAUUGGUAAAGAUCAAAGUGUUAAAGUUUCACGUACUGAAAAGGAUUUUAUUGAUAUUCCACAUUUACAAAAACAAUUGUUGUUGUCAGCUAUUGAUUCCGUCGAUUACAAUUCCAAAACCGGAGGUGUUAUUGUUUAUUCUACAUGCUCUGUUGCUGUAGAAGAGGAUGAAGCUGUUAUUAACUAUGCAUUAAGGAAAAGACCCAAUGUUAAAUUAGUUGAUACCGGUUUGGAGAUUGGUAAGCCAGGUUUCACUAGUUUUAGAGGGAAAACUUUCCAUGCAAGUUGUUCAUUGGCAAGAAGAUAUUACCCACACAUUUAUAAUGUUGAUGGUUUUUUUGUUGCUAAAUUUGUUAAAACCGGUCCAUCUAAAUUUGAUGAUAAUAAAGCUAGUGCUAAAGAAAAGGAAGCCGCUGCUAGACAAGAAGCUCUUGAGGAAGGUAUCAUUAAUAAUGAUUUUGCCGCAUUUGAAGAAAAAGAAGAUGAAAGAUAUAUUGCAAAAUCAAAGAAAAAUAGUUUACUGAAAAAGGGUGUCAACCCAAAAGCGAUCAAGAAAUAA